UCGCUGCCGAUGAGGCGGUGCGCGUGGCCGCUGCUGCGGCUCCCGGCGCGCGCCGGGCUCGCUCUCCGUCCCGGCGGGGCCGCUGCUCCCCCCCGGCUGCGCCCCGCGGCCCUCGCCGCCUCCUCCUCAUCCUCCUCCUUCUCCUCUUCCUCGGUCGGCGGCGACGGCAGCAGCCCACGCGCCCCCGAUACCUCUCUCUUCGUGCCCGUGCCGCUGAAACCCGUCGGUGACGCGGCGGAGGAAGAUGUCGGCGCCGAACUCACGCAGCCCCUGGAUAAGGGUGAAGUUCUAAAAAACUUAAAUAAGUUCUACAAAAGAAAAGAAAUUCAGAGGCUAGGAGCAGAAAAUGGAUUAGAUGCUCGCCUGUUUCACCAAGCAUUUAUAAGCUUUAGGAAGUAUAUCAUGGAAUCCAGUUCUGUGAGUGCUGAUUUGCAUAUUAUUCUCAAUGAUAUAUGCUGUGAUGCAGGUCACGUGGAUGAUCUCUUCCCGUUUUUCCUGAGGCAUGCAAAGCAGAUCUUUCCGAUGCUGGACUGUAUGGAUGAUCUGCGCAAGAUCAGUGAUUUAAGAUUGCCCCCCAACUGGUAUCCAGAUGCCAGGGCUAUUCAGAGAAAGAUAAUAUUCCAUGCUGGUCCUACAAACAGUGGAAAAACUUACCAUGCUAUCCAGAGAUUUUUGUCAGCAAAAUCUGGAAUAUACUGUGGUCCCCUAAAACUUCUGGCUCAUGAGAUCUUCCAAAAGAGUAAUGAUGCUAAUGUGCCAUGUGACUUGCUGACAGGAGAAGAGCGUGUGUAUGCCAAUGAAGAUGCCAGACAGGCUCCUCAUAUUGCUUGUACCAUUGAAAUGUGCAGCACUAAUACUCCUUAUGAAGUGGCUGUGAUUGAUGAAAUCCAGAUGAUCAGAGAUCCUGCCAGAGGGUGGGCUUGGACAAGAGCCCUUCUAGGACUUUGUGCAGAAGAAAUCCACGUUUGUGGAGAACCUGCUGCUAUUGACUUGGUGACAGAGCUUAUGUACACUACAGGGGAGGAAGUUGAAGUCCGAAACUAUAAGAGACUCACUCCUCUGACUGUGCUGGAUUAUGCCUUAGAAUCUUUAGAUAAUCUCCAGCCUGGGGACUGCAUUGUCUGUUUCAGUAAGAAUGACAUUUACUCUGUCAGUCGACAGAUUGAAGCCAGAGGAUUAGAAUGUGCUGUCAUAUAUGGCAGCCUGCCACCAGGAACAAAACUUGAACAGGCAAAGAAAUUCAAUGAUCCUGAUGAUCCAUGUAAAAUUUUAGUUGCUACUGAUGCAAUUGGAAUGGGACUCAAUUUGUGUAUAAAAAGAAUAAUUUUUAACUCUAUAGUAAAGCCAACUGUCAAUGAGAAGGGGGAAAAGGAAAUUGACUCCAUCACAACCUCUCAGGCUCUACAAAUCGCAGGCAGAGCUGGGCGUUAUGGUUCAUCCUUCAAACAAGGAGAAGUCACUACAAUGCAUCGUGAUGACCUUGUGCAGCUGAAGGAAAUUUUGAAUGACUCUGUGCCACCUGUGAAGGCAGCUGGCCUACAUCCUACUCCUGAGCAGAUAGAAAUGUUUGCUUACCAUCUCCCUGAUGCCACUCUAUCCAAUCUAAUUGAUAUUUUUGUGAGUCUCUCACAAGUCGAUGGGCUUUAUUUUGUCUGCAAUAUUGAUGACUUUAAGUUUCUAGCAGAUAUGAUUCAGCACAUUCCACUAAAUCUGCGAUCACGAUAUGUCUUCUGCACUGCACCUUUGAACAGAAAAGAGCCUUUUGUGUGUACCACACUGUUGAAGUUUGCAAGACAGUUCAGUAGAAAUGAGCCUCUGACCUUUGACUGGCUCUGCAGGCACACCAAGUGGCCCUUAGCUGCUCCAAAGAACAUCAAAGAACUCGUGCACCUUGAAGCUGUUCAUGACGUUUUUGACCUGUAUCUGUGGUUAAGUUACCGCUUCAUGGAUAUGUUUCCUGAUGCUGUCCUUGUAAGGGAUAUUCAGAAAAAACUCGAUGACAUUAUACAAAUUGGUGUCUGCAACAUCACAAGGCUGAUCCGAGCUUCACAGUCUGCAGCUGCUCCUGGCACAGCAGAAGUUGUGUCAGAAGACUUUCCUCUUUCAAGGACUAAGAGGGAUGCCAGGGUGGUUUCGGACCGUCAUGGUGCAAGAUCCACAGAGGCACUCUCAAUUGCAGUGGGGGUUCCAGGAGAAAGAAGAGUGAAGAACUUGAAAGCCUAUCGGUCUGCUGCAAGGCAGGAGGAUCUGAAAAGCCAUGGUCGGGGAUCUCUUGCCAACAGAUUGCUGCGUGAAGGACUUCUGACACAAGAAAUGCUGAGACAGCUGGAGAGUGAGUGGCAGAAUCAGCACAGGAAUGGUAGAUAUGGCCUUGGUUCAAAAAGAGAUGAUCAGAAUAGUUCAAAGGAAACGGGGAAAAAGAAAAAAUAGAGCCAUGUCCUAAUUCUGUUUUAGUUUUUAUUCAUAAAAUAAAAUAAUAUUUUAAUAACUUCUUUGGCAUUUCAUGUUUACAUUGCUGCAGCUCCUUGAUGUUUUUCCUUUUCCCGUGACCAGUUAUGUGAAGCACUGAGAGAAACGGACUUUUCAAAGCUCAUAGGCCAUAAAUUUGCUUUUACCAGUCAGCUGUACACUUGUUCAGUCAAUGGUGUUCAGCAUAAGUGUAUGAUCUACUGCUCUGUGAAAAUUUGAACUUGAUGUCUUCUUGCAAGAUAUCUUCACAUCAUUAAUAAACGUCGGAUAUAUCACUA